CCAAGAUCUUUCCCCAACUUGAGCUCCCAAACUGAUCGGCGAUUUUUGGCGUUGGUGCUGUGAGCCUUGCGCAGUGCUUUUGGGUGGAAAACAUCAUCGGUGUGGUGCCGGUGAGAGUUGACUUUGGCUAUUGCUGAUGCGGCUCGCUUCCCUCUUUUUCUCUUUCCUAAGUCCCACUGUCCGCAGAAAGAUGAAGCCGUUAAUCAUCAUCUACGGCUCGACUGGCACCGGCAAGUCGGAUCUCGCCGUGGAACUGGCAACGAGAUUCAAUGGCGAGAUUAUAAACGCAGAUGCAAUGCAGAUGUACAAAGGACUACCCAUCAUAACAAACAAGCUCACAGUCGAGGAGCAACGAGGAAUCCCACACCACCUUCUCGGCAGCAUCGAUCUUGACGAAGACCCCUGGGUCGUUACACGGUUCAAAAAAGAGUCCCUUAGGAUAAUAUCCGAAAUACGUGACCGAGGAAAGCUUCCGAUUGUCGUCGGUGGUACAUCCUACUACCUGGACGGCCUGCUCUUUGACGGCAGGCUGGUGGAGGACGAGCCGGCGCGCGAAGGCGGGGUGUCGAAUCGCGAAGAGCUUGCGGCGAGGUAUCCAAUCCUCAUUGACUCCGCCGACGCGAUGUUGAACAAGCUGCGGGAGGUAGAUCCCGUAAUGGCGGAGAAGUGGCACCCCAAUGACGUGCGCAAGAUCCGAACAUCGCUGGAAAUCUACUAUGCGACGGGCCGACGCGCGUCUGACAUCUACGCUGAACAGCGAAGCAGGAAAGAGUCUAAGUGGGCAUCUCAGGACCCUGCACAGAGGCACAGCCUCGGAGAGAUACUGGUAUUCUGGCUCUAUGCCCGGCGAGAGGCACUCAAUGAACGGCUGGACAAGCGCGUAGACAAGAUGGUACAGAAUGGCCUUCUCAGCGAGACAUCACAGGUCUAUGAGUAUCUCCGAAGGAGACUGCUCUCGGGUGAAACCGUCGACCGCUCUAAGGGCAUCUGGCAGUCGAUCGGCUUCCGCCAACUGGAACCCUAUCUGAGGGCUCUCCGGGAGGCUCCUGACAGUCCCGAACUGUCCGAGCUCAAGGAGACCGGCAUCCAGGAUACCAAAACGGCGACUCGCCAGUAUGCCAAAUACCAGGUCCGGUGGAUGACGAUGAAGACCAUUUCAUCCCUGCAAGAGGAGAGACUCCUUGAUAGACUCUACCUCCUCGAUAGCUCCGAGAUCCAACGCUGGAACGAGGAAGUUCUAGAAAAAGGCGUCGAUCUGACUAGGAAAUUCCUCGCCGAUGAGCCGCUGCCUGCACCAGCCGAACUGUCUGAGACGGCGCGGGAAGUGUUGAGCAGCUCAGUCGAAAGGAGCAACCGCGAGGACACCCCUUGCAGGAAAACCUGUGAUAUCUGCCAGAAGACGCUCUUGACAGAAGAGUUGUGGCAGUCGCACAUCACUAGCCGAAAACAUCUCAAGGCCAUUCGGGGGGCCAAAAAGCGGAUGAUGAUCCCAGCCCACGCCAUCCCAUCAAGAGCCUUGGUAACUGUCAACUCUCGAUUCUCAGAUAGCACGCCACCCGCAAUAGAUCCUCUAUGAGCCCAACAUGAUCUAUACAGAAGCCAAGGCAUGUACAUGUACAUCAUCUUCGAACAAUAACAAUCCCGCAUCACGCGAGGAAGGCUGAGGCUUAUGCACCCCUAUAAACGUGGUAUCAGAUCACCAGCAAACAACAGGCACGACGAUACCAUCUACUGCCCACGGCCUCUUUAUGCCUCCGCGAUUUGGCUCUUCACCCAGUUCUCCAACCCGCCCCGCGCAAUGAUCUCCUGCACAUUCGGUGGCAGCUCGCCAACCUUCUGGCUCCAGGUCUUGCCCCCUUCGCCCUCCGUAACGGUUACCUUGCUCCGCCUGACAUCCCACACCAGCUUCCAGCCGGUGCGCCUCGUCAGUGUCUUCUCUCCGUCCUUGCCACCAAACGUCUCGCGCAG